AUGGAGCACUUCAUGGAGAUAACACGGCUCUCGCGGAGCCCCGUCCGCGCAGCACGGCCGGACCCCAAGGGGCGCGGGGUCCGCGGCGGGCGGGGAUGGGGAUGGGGCCGGGGGGAGCGGUCCCCGCGGGGGGCCGGGCAGCGGGGGUGGGAUCUGCUCCGCGAUCCCCCAUGGGGGGCGGCGGGCCGCGCUCGGAGCAUCCCCCCUUCCCCAGCUGGGGGGAGGCGGCGGGGGAGCCGCCACCCCCCGCUUCCUCCGUUUAAGACCCGGGCUGGCGGGGCGAGCGCAGGAGAGCGGCCGCUCCGCAGCUCCGGCCCCACGCCCGCGGCGCGCGGGGCGGCGCUGGAUGCGCCGGCGGCGGGAGGCGGGCGGCAGCCGAGCGGGACCCCGCGCAGCGGCGCGGAGCGCGGCGCGAUGAGCGCGGGCAGCGGCAGCGGCGCCGCCGGCGCGGCGGGCACCGCCACCUCCGCGCUGUGCCUGCUGCUCUCGCUCACCGCCGUGGCCGUGUGCCUGCUGCUGGGCGCCAAGACGGCGGAGCUGCAGGGCCGGCUGGCCGCGCUGGAGGAGCGGGGCGCCGCCGGGCACGGGCCGCUGCUGGACGCGCUGCAGCCCCGCGUGGAGCAGCUGUUCCGCGAGAAACUGGGCGAAGGGCUGGUGAAGCUGCGGACGGCGCGAGAGGCCCCGGCAGACUGUGUGUGCCCCCCAGGGCCCCCGGGGAGGCGAGGGAAGCCCGGCCGGCGCGGAGAACCCGGACCUGCAGGGCAGUCAGGACGCGAUGGUUACCCGGGGCCUCUUGGCUUGGAUGGCAAACCAGGACCUCCAGGACCAAAAGGGGAAAAGGGGGAAGCAGGCGACAUUGGCCCAAGGAUGGUUUUUCCCCACCUCAGUCAUGGAUUUCUGGCUAAUGAUCAGCUUGUCUUUAGCCGGCGCGUGCUCAAGGGUGAUCAAGGUCGAGAUGGAGCCACGGGCCCCCCUGGUCCGCCAGGACCCCCAGGUGCCCGGGGGCCUCCUGGUGACACGGGAAAGGAUGGCCCAAGAGGACCUCCAGGCCUCCCUGGUUUCAAAGGCGAGCCAGGAGAGGAUGGAGUCAUGGGUGCCAGAGGACCUCCAGGACCAAAGGGUGAACCUGGUGUCCAAGGGAAAAAGGGUGAUGAUGGCAUCCCUGGGGAGCCAGGACCUGUGGGCCCUAAGGGAGAAAAAGGAAGCGUGGGUCCAAAGGGAGAGAACGGCACAGAUGGCUUCCCAGGACUAAAGGGUGAACCUGGUGAGAAGGGAGGAAUUGGCUCCAUUGGACCCCGGGGUCCCCCUGGGCUGAAAGGGGAGCAGGGAGACACCGUGGUGAUCGACUACGAUGGCCGAAUCCUGGAUGCGCUCAAGGGUCCACCAGGUCCCCCAGGGCCACCGGGCCCCCAAGGCACUCCAGGUUCCAAGGGAGAGCUGGGCUUGCCAGGUCCACCUGGAAUGGAUGGGGAAAAGGGUCCCAAAGGAGCAAAGGGUGACCAGGGCAGCAUGGGGAUCAUGGGGCAGAAAGGAGAGACAGGAGAAAUGGGCUCAGCAGGGCCCCCGGGAGCAGAAGGGCCAAAAGGAGACAAAGGAGAAAAAGGAGACACUGGGUCACCAUGUCUACAGAAUAAUCAUAUCAUACCUGAGCCUGGACCCCCUGGAUUACCUGGCCCUAUGGGUCCUCCAGGAAUCCAAGGGCCUAAAGGUGUGGAUGGUGCAAAGGGAGAAAAAGGUGACAGUGGUGAGAAGGGGGACCAAGGUGACACCGGACCUGCUGGUCUCCCAGGAGCUCCAGGGCUUAUUGGUUUACCUGGUACCAAAGGAGAAAAGGGAAAGCCAGGGGAGCCAGGAUUGGAUGGUUUCCCUGGUCUCAGAGGAGAGAAAGGAGAGAGAAGUGAAAGAGGGGAGAAGGGUGAACGAGGAGUACCAGGGAGAAAAGGGGCCAAAGGACAGAAGGGGGAACCGGGCCCUCCCGGACUGGAUCAGCCUUGUCCUGUGGGAGAUCAUAGCAUUGCAGGCAGCAAAAGGGACCCAGGUUUGCCAGGCCUGGAUGGGGGACCAGACGGACUGCCAGUAGCAGGAUGUUGGCAUAAGUGAUCUCUAAGCAUGAAGCACAAUAUGUAAAUAAUGUGAUAUAUUUUGAUCUUUUUAAUUUUUGUAUAAAAAAAGGAAAAAAAAACCUUUUGACAGUAAUAUAUUGACCUUUUUUUAUACUGGAUUCUGAUAUUGAUGGACUUGGAAAAUAAUGUAAAGCUCCCAAACCCAUACCACUGCAUGGUAACACCAGGAUUUGCUAAAGGUACCGGUGACAGCUGGGGAUGAACAGUGUUCCCUGCUCGUGCUGCAGUGUGAACUAACAGUACUGAGCCAGCCUCGUGUGCCUUACUGCAUGAAGGAGGGCAAAAUCCCUGUCCUGAUUUGGCUCUUAACUUCAUAUUUGCAUUGCAUAUGCACAUUAAAAGGGUGAAAAAAACUGGCUGAAAACAAAGAAAAGAAGGAUGCAGCCCUAAAAAUGAAAGAAGCUGCUGUCCACUGUCUGGUCAAACAGAAGGAUUUGCAACCUGCACAGGAAACAAAGCCAAGCUCCAUCUAUCUACCUGCUGUGGGUGUGAUGGAAACAGCAACUCUGGGGCUAAACAGAAAAACCUUGACUGCCUGUGCUUAUUUCCUCUACAAUCAAGAGAAACUUUUCUCCUCAAGAGGAAGCACCUCUGGGUCCUGUUCUGGGGUCUGUGCCUGAAGAUGUGUGAGCACUUUGUUAUUGUGGAACACAAAUUCCCCAGGAAGCCUCUGCUGCAGAAUUUCAAAAUAGAAAAACCUGGCAAUACUUUCAGUACAGGGAGUUGCAGGACAGGGAGGGCUCUGCUUAAGCCCUUUCUUAAACAACAGAGCACAUAAUGUUGCUCUUGGGGUUCCCAGAAGUUGGGAGUUUGGAGUAUUUAAUUGUCUUGGUUUGUGGGGUUCAUUUGCUUUUUAUUUCUUCUUGGUUUACAUGGUUUUAACUGUAAACUAACUCUGCGUUCUCCUCUUGUCUUAUUUCUCUUUACCUUUUCAGUCUCUUUUGUUAAAUUAUCUCUUCUCAUGCACAUCUCAUACAGAGCAGGGUAAUGAAUAACAUUUUAUUAUUUUGAUAUCUGCAUAUACCACUGUGGGAUCAAUUAAAACUGCAAACUAUUCCAUGGUUCAACAUUUCUUAAGAUGUUGAAAAAACAGCAAUUGUGCAGCAGAGAGCCAUAAAAAAAUAUUUCAAAGAGGAAGAAGAUGGCUUAUGGCCGAGUCUGUUCAGCUUACAAUGAAGAUCAAGAAGCAACCAGAUUCCUUUGCAGGGAGGAGAUACUUUGUAUUAACAAGGUUUUAAACUGAACAGAGAAAGAUACAAAUACCCAUCCAAUGGGUAGAAGUUGAAGCCACACAAACUCAAAAGCAAGCUGUUGAUUUUUAUUUGUGAAACUGGUUAAUCCUAACCAGAUCAGUGAUAUAACUGCCAUCACCUUUGUGCCCCUUUGAUUUAACAGAUCAUGUCUGGAGGGAAUACUUUGCUCAAACCAAGUUGCUGGGUUCUGCAUAGGAGUUUUAAGUGAAAUUAGGAGCCUGACCAUAACAUCAAUCAUAUUUAUCAAUUAUCAAGUAAUAUUUUGGCUCUUUGUGGCCUUGAUCUUAGAGAGUACAGAAGGGAGGCAGUUUUGGUGCACUAAGUAGAUCCAAAACUUCUGUUAAGAUUCUUGCUUCAUCGCCACUCUUACUGCAGCUGCUGUCAGAGAGGGCCUGAGAGAGGGGUGUGACUGUCCAGGUGCAACCUGUCCUGUACAAGCUGCCCUAGUGCAGGAGGCCUUGCUCCAGUAUUGUGAAGAACAGUGGGAAUGUGCUUUGUGCUCCACACAGGCAGGGUGAUGUCUGGUGUCUGUGAGUUCUCAUCUGUGACCAGGCUCUGGGUGUCCUUGGAGUGAGGGGGAGCCUGUGCUUGGCACUGGUCAAUGCUGGAAUGGCCACCAAGCUCGGGAGAGGUGACAGCCUCAGGGCUGUAGGCAGUGGAUUUGUUACCUGUUGUUGGCUGCUCAGGGGAUGCACCUACACAUCACUGGCUUUGUGGCUGUAAAGGGCAUCUCUACCAGUUACCGUUUCCUUGAUCACCAUACAGAUUAAGUCCAUGUUAAAUUCAGAUCAACUAACAAAUCAAGAAACAACAAUUAUGUAACUCAAAACAGCAAUGAAAAUGCAUUUUAUUUACUUCCAUUUCAUGUUCUCAGCUAUCACUUUUGGUGUAGGGGUUUUUAAAGGCAUAAGGAGCAGCUAAUGAACUUCCACUGGCCUUUAGUGCUUUUGAAAAACCCCUUUAAUAUCCCAAAUUAAAGCUAAAAAAUCUUCUGUGAAAGGUUGAAGGCAAAUCUCUCAUUGAUGUCACCAGGAAGAUCUGUAAUUGUUCCCUUAAUGUACAGUUGCUCUUCCCAUCUCCCCCAGUCAUCUCCAAACUAAAAGCAGUUCACUAUUCCAAACCAUGCUGGGGGGUUCUACACUGAAAUUCCUGCACAUGUUGUGUUCAUGGAACUUCUUUCAAUAUCAAUGAGAGUUCAGUCCCCAGAAUGACUGCAGAAAGCACAAGAAUCUGGAAGUGUCCACAAACAAUCUACAAUGCAGAUAGAAAAGUCUUGUUUUACAUACGCUGGCAAAAACUAAACAGCUUUCUAUCUAGCUCCUACUUAAAGAAGUUUGAUAUCACUGAAGCUACAAGACAAGCUAACCUCCAAAGCUUAUGAAAUUAUAUUAAAAUUUAUAUUUUCUCUGAGGAAAUACCCCGAAGUCCUAUUAUCUUCAGGUAAACAAGUCAGUAUUCCGUCUUCAACUUGUGGAAUAUCCAGUGCUUGUAGGCAUCAACUGUGACCACUGCCAGGCCUGCAAAACAUUGAUACAGAAUACCAGAAUAGUGCUUUACUGUUCUGCAAGGCCGCCCUCCCCCUCCCAGCACAGAGCCUCUGCUGCCACAGCACCCAAGACAUUUGUUUGUAAUGGAGGAAGGCUGGAAUUACCACUCUAGCACAGGAGUGCAGCUUUAUCCACACCCACCAGUGCUACAGCUCAGCUACAAAGCCUUUCUGUGAUCCUCUUUGGAAAUUCCCAGGCAAAGGCCUUGGUUCUGCUUGUACAAAGAUCAUCCAUGCACAUGCAGCCAGUCAGGAAUAUUGAGGACACUGGCCUCAGUGCUCACGUGCAGCAGCUUCUCUGGGCUCCUGCUGCACAGUUACCACUUUGGCCAUGAGGAACUAACCAGCAGGUCUCCAAGGCCUGGGGAUGGUACAUCCACUCUACCAACCCCUCAUCAUCAAAGGAACAGAGACAUGUGGUGAGCAGAGCUCCAGGGAGCAGAACAGGGAAUGGAUCCCCCAGCAGGGCUGGCACUGGCACCUGAAGUCCUGCCUGGUCCUCAGCUGAGACUGGUGCAUCUGGCCUUUAGAUUCUCAACAGUGUACCAGGUUCCCUGCCCAUGGCAGAGUUGGACCUAGAUGACUUUUAAAGACUGUUCCAAGCCCAGCCAUUCUGUGAUUAUCAAUCAUAUUAUUCAGAUCAACAGACUUUAUUAGAGAAACUGCUGGGUUUUGUACUGAUUACACGGAGUCUAAAGAGGAAAUCUGUUUAGACUUCUAUAUGCCUUACAGACAAACAUAUUUAGAAGAGUGGUUGUUAAAUACUGAGCAAUCAUGACCAUACUGCAGUGAGUUAAAAAGAUAUGCUUUGCUCUGCAAAUUCAUGCCAGACCAAUUAAUUAUUUUCUCCUUCCAUAUGAAAAUGUUUAUGUUGGUCUUUCUGAGUACUUUGACUUUGCAAAUAGCUCACAAAGACAAAUUUUACUUCUAGAUAGUACUGGCAGUCUUGCUCAAAACUCAGUCAUGAUCUCAGCCUUUCACAAAGCUUAGGGUGUUUUUCCCCCAGGAAAUCUCUCUUCUUUUGUCUUCUCUGGUUUCAAAGAAUCUGAGACUGUUUUACAGCAAUUCCAAAAAGCAGCUAAAUGUUACUAUAUGUCAGCAGCAAUGAAGAUGAUUGACACAGAGGCUGCUAAUGCUUAUGAAAUGUGGGUCAGUCUGCAACUGAGCCACUGAUUUUUCUAGAUCACUAUAAUAUUUGGUGUAAUUCAUGGAUUCAUCAAUAGACAUUCUGAGUAACACAUUGAAGUUACUGAUAUUGGGGGAACCUGAAACUCAGACAAACACAUUUUUGUUUUUUAGUUCACAGAACAGAAUUCCGUCCUCUAAUUUAACUCCUGUGAAAGCACAGUGCUUUCCAUGAGGUUAAACCAACCAUGUCUGCUGUGCCCAGGAACAGAGGACACACAGCUUUCUUUAGGGCUUGUUCCAUUUCAAACUCUAGCUAAUGACCAUCUUUCUAGUGACCACAAACACCCUCUCUUAACACUGUAGCCCAAUGGGUUUUGGAAGUUCCCAAAGUGGCACAAGAACACACUUGAUACCCCAGAAGGUUUUUCAGCCACAAAGCUCUGCAGGCAGGGCUGCCUUGCCAUGAGAUACAGCAAGUGCAUUCCACGACUGAGGCUGCAGCUGCUGCUGGCUGUGGUUGUGUCAGUGCUGGUGCCCCAGGAGUGGUGAUGCUGCACCCAACUGUGAUUAUGGGGAGCACUCCCCAAAGCUUCUGGGGAGAGUGGAUUUAGGGAGGAAGGAAUAAGGCAAAAAAACACCACGUGUGUAACUCCACACCUUGACAGCUGGAGAGGAACCUUGCCAGAGCAUGAACCUGAUAAUUUGGCCUGUUGUGAUGGGGACAAAUGAGAUUAAUUAAGGAUUUUGCAGCUCAGUCAUGGCUUGGCUAGUGAGUUCAGGAAUAUUUCUUUGGAUUACAAAACAGGUAGCAGAGAAAUCCUGAUCUGACACCAAACUGAAACUGUUCCCAAGUGUCAACUCAUCAAUAUCUGAGUUUAAAAACAUCAUAAUCAAGAUACUGCUGCAUGCUUUGUUUUAUUCCCAUGGGGAGUCACCUCUCCUGUAUGCACUGUUUCUGACACUUCCUGUAUAUAUAAUGGUGAUGAAUUUAUUUCUGUAUGGAUUUUUCUCCUGUGUAUUUAAAACUAAGAAUGUUUAUUUUAAUGGUAAGUGACUUUCUGAUGUGUUUUCUUUUUAGGAAACCAAUAGAUAAAAUAUUUAGAUGAGCUUUUGUCUUCUGUAAUUUCAUAAAUUUAGCAUUUGAAAUCCUUAAGCAAGCCAGCAAAACAUGUGGGAGGUUUCAGCAGUUUAAGACAACCCAUGUAAUGAUGCAAAGUAAUCCAUGGAAAAGGAUACCAUGGUUUUAAGAUUGUUAUAGCAACCACUACCCUGGGUAAAGUUUGGGUUUUGCACUCAGCCAAAUAUAGCAGGUCUUGGCCAAGAAUGCAAGAACUCAAAUGUUGUAAUGCACAGUUGAUUAAAAUAAUAAGAAACAUUAAUUAAACUAUGAAGAUGCCAGAAAGUUUCCAGCUUUAUCAUGAUGGCAAACUCCCCUGGCCUGUCAAUGGAAUAUGUGCAUUAUGAAGGUGUGCCCUGGUGAGUCAAUGCUGGUUCAAUGCUGCCCUCUAUAGGAAACUUUUUUUUUUUAAUAUAAGCAAAUUUAAUGCAAAUUUUAUGCUGUGACAGCACACAUGACUUUUGUGUAACCAACGUUUGAAUAGAUAUUUGUAAAACCAGGAGCGCAUGGAUAGAAACUUUAAUUUUUUUCAAAUCUGGUAUUUCUUUCUUGGGAAAUACCAUUGUAUUCUCAUGUUUUUUCAGUCCCACUGUUGCCCAGAUAAUUUACAUUGUUACUCAAAUAAAAUCUACCUAUAGUAGGUGUCCUGACACAUUUCUAUUUUUAAAAUUUUGAGCAUGGAAGCUCUGAAUUAUUUCCUUUGUAUGCAACAUAUUUCUCUCUGAGAUAGGCAAAAUAUUAGUAACUACAAAUGAUUAAGAUAUAAAAAUUUAAAUGUCCCCAAACCACUCGUCCUGGACAAAUAGUGCAUGUGGCUGAAUUCAGAGCAGUGAGUUUGGUUCCAAUGUGGUCUAGCAGAGGAAGGAGUGCCCUCAGCAGUGUCCGAGGGUGGACAGAACCUCAGUAUUGCUUUGUUUAAUUUCAAACUCCGGGUUUUUACCUGUUCAGGACAGGCUGACAUGCUGAGCAGCACAGCCAGCCUGCAGAGGUUUAACCAGAAGAUUUUCAAGUGAGAAGUUACAUAUAUGGAUAAUUUCAAAAGGCCUGUGACACUAACUUGCCAAGGCAGUCACUGUGGCACACACUGAACCUGGCAAUUUUACAGGACAGUGUUUAUGUAAGAAUAUUUCUUGACUCUUUUGCAACAGUGUUUAAUUUUUAAUUUUUUUUUUUAAAAAAAGGAGGGAUCAGAGAGAAACAUCUAGUCACUCUAAUUAGUCCAGUCUCAGUGUCAUUUACUAGAGUCACCUGCCUUUAAACUGUGUCCCUGGCACUGGACUGGACCUGCCCAUAAUUAGUUCAGUUAGAAAUACUCCAGAGCUCCACUUGGGGGAAUCUAUUGCAGACUGAAGCAAACCAGUGAGUAAAACCUCCAUUUCCUAAACUUUAUUUUCCCUGGUGAUCAUUUAUAUUUGUAAGCUAAAAAUUACUUUUAGUACUUUCACAUCCCCAGGUGAACUACUGCAGCUUUGCCAUGUGCUUGUGUCCCAUUACAUGACACAACACAAGGGAUGUGUGACUGUUGUGUAACCUGCAGCUAAAGUAAAGGCUGAAAAUCUGUCAUUUAGAGAUGAAUGGAGGAAGGACUUAAUAGAUUAUAUUAUUGUAUACUACUAUAGAGAGCCUGGGGGAAACCACAGGAAGGCUGGGGAAAAUGAGUUUUCCAUGCAUAAGAAGUUGAAUUAUUGACAAGAGAGUUACAUUAGUAACAUUUGUGGGUUUCCUGUGUCUUAGGACAAACAAUUAAUUCCUGUUUUGUUAAGUUCUGCUAGAAGUUGCGUUAAGAGUGGUUUCAUGAAACAGUCAGCUCACUUCUGUGUCAACUCACUUGUGUGGUUUCUUACAUAACUUAGAAAUUAAUGAACAGAUACUUAAGACAGAGGUGAUCCAAGUUUCUGUAAAUGACACUGAUCCCAUCUGCUGCUUUUUAUCAUACUGUUAAAAACUGUAUUUGAAAAGUUCAUUUUACAGGAAUUUAUCAAGUGUAGGUGAGUGCUUACUAAACUUGUAUUUCUGCAAUUACAUUAAAAAAUUAGCAUCUGGUUUUGCAAAGCAAAGGCACCCAUGAUAUCCACUGUAUUUGUGAAUUUAGCAGGAAAGGUCAUAAGCUGCUAUCAGUGCAAAUGAGAGCUGGAGUCUGUUGUGUUUGCUGGUUUGUUUCAUAGAGUGCAGUUUUAUAAACAAUUUCAUAAUAGCUUUUUGUGUUUUAAUUUGGAGGGUUUUUUUCUGCUAUCUUAAAAACAAUAAAAAAUACUGAAUAUUAAGAAAGUUCAGCACAAAUACCAGUCAAAACUGAAAGCCCCCUGCUUUGUUGCAUUCAUAACUUUGAACAUAGAAACGAUACAAAACUGGUGUGUACAUCAGCAUUUGGGAAACUGCACCUGCUGGUAUCUCAAAUCUAUAUACAGUUUAGAAAAAUGCAUACAACAUGUGCCUUAUCUGCCCGUAUUUGUUUUGAAAUUACGCCAAUAGAGCUUAAUACUCUACAACAUUAUGCAAGUGUCCCUUAUUUAUGAGCAGUUGCAUCACUCCAGGGAGGCUGUUCAGAGGAGAAAGGGCUGUUUGUGUGUUUGCAGCUUGCCAAAAAUGAGUUUUGAAUGUAUUUACAUGGCAUUUUAUACAAAGCUGGCUAAAUCUCUGUAUAUCACCUUUGAAAAGAAAUAUAUAGAUAUUAAAAUUACAGAAAAUGUACUUAACAUCUCCAUUUGCAGACUUUUUGUUAUUUUUGAUCAUUUAUGUGCCACAAAAAGUAUUCUAUUUACUCUUUUUUGGGGUACAACUACUUUAAAAAUGAAGGCACUAAUAACAGUAUUUCUUAUCCAUUGUUUUAACAUGUUAAAAUGGUAUUAAUUAGUACUGCAUCAUGUAUUUCUAGUUUAAGUUGUAAUGGAAAAUACAUUACCUUGAGACCUAAAAACCUUUUUUUCUUGUGCUUUUUUUAAUAAAAGCAAAGACUAGAUUUUAAAAAUGGUCUCUCUGUACAGAUUACUUUUACAAUUGUGUGAAUAUGUAUAAUGAACUCUGCAUUUGUAACCAAGAGUAAACUUUCCAAAUUGUAAAUGUCCAGGUUGUUAUUAUAAAUAGCAUUAUAAAUAGCUAGUAAAUAUCUUAACCAGACAAGAGUUCAAAUAAAGAUUAACAGCUGUUAUUAAC